AUGGGACAGUUUUCGGGAGGAUGCUACUUGAGUUUUGCCACCCUCGUGCUUCUCGGCUCGCAAGUCCCGGCCACGUUAGCGAGAGGCGCCCGAGGUGAAGCCCUGCAGCAUGGCCAAUCUGGGACGCUGCCCCACUUCCUGGAGGAGCCUGUCGACGCCUACAUCGUCAAGAGUAACCCCAUCAAGCUCCGGUGUCAGGCUCGGCCCGCUCUCCAAAUCUUCUUCAAGUGCAACGGCGAAUGGGUCCAUCAGAGCCAGCAUAUGUCUCAGGAGCACACCGACCUGGGGACAGGGCUGAAGAUCCGCGAGGUGAUGAUCAACGUGUCACGUCAGCAGGUGGAGGACUUUCAUGGCCCAGAGGAUUACUGGUGUCUGUGCGUCGCCUGGAGUCACCUGGGAACCUCCAAGAGCCGCAAGGCAACAGUCCGGAUCGCCUACCUGAGGAAGAACUUUGAGCAGGACCCCCAAGGCACUGAGGUGCCUCUGAAUGGCAUGAUUGUGUUGCAUUGUCGUCCCCCAGAGGGAGUGCCUGUGGCUGAGGUGGAAUGGCUGAAAAACGAGGAGCCUCUAAGCUCUGACGGCAUCAUCGAUACGAGAGGCGACCACAAUCUCAUCAUCUCAGAAGCUCGCCUGUCUGAUUCGGGGAACUACACCUGCGUCGCCAGCAACAUUGUGGCCAAAAGACGCAGCGCAACAGCCACUGUUGUAGUCUACGUGAACGGAGGGUGGUCAUCGUGGACGGACUGGUCGCCCUGUAACGUGCGCUGCGGUCGCGGCGUGCAGAAACGCUCUCGCACUUGCACAAACCCAGCUCCUCUCAACGGGGGAGCCUUUUGUGAGGGCAUGUCGGUGCAGAAAAGCACCUGCAACACGCUGUGUCCAGUUGAUGGCGGCUGGGGGGAGUGGAGCGAGUGGUCGUUGUGCAGUUCUGACUGCGAGAGGCAGCGCAGCAGAGAGUGCACGGCUCCAGAGCCCAAACAUGGAGGGCGGCUGUGUGACGGCGUGGCACUGGCAACCGACAACUGCACCGGCGGCCUCUGCACACAGAAUCGAAAGUUGCUACAUGAUGCUAAGCCACAGGGUGUGGAGAACAGCAGUGAUGUGGCCUUGUACUCGGGCCUUGCUGCGGGGGUGGUGACAGUCGUGCUGCUGAUCAUCGCCGUUACUCUUUAUCGAAGGAGCCAGAGCGAGUACGGUGUCGAUGUCAUCGACUCCUCCGCCCUCACCGGGGGCUUCCAGUCCUUCAGCUUUAAGACCUCUCGUCAAGCGAACCCCCUGCUGAUCAAUUCCUCCAUGCAACCUGAUCUGACAGUGUCACGGACGUACACCAGCCCCAUGUGUUUCCAGGACUCCAUUGACAAGGAGCUGAUGGCCGAGCGCUCGCUCCUCGACCCGCUCCCUGAUCUCAAGGUCAAAGGGGUGGCAGAAAGGGCAGAGUACCAUGUCAUGUCCCACCCUCAGACAUUUCCGAGGGGCCUGGCUCCAGACUACAGAGGAGUUGCGGUGGGAACGACGCUGGGCAGGAGAAGCAAAAACCUCUUCACUCCUCAAGUCUCUCUGACUCCCAGCAGGCCUCUCCACAAAGCAACGGCAGUCUUUGGUCAUGCUGGAGGACGGCUGGUUGUUCCCAACACAGGUAUCAGUCUGUUGGUGCCUCAUGGGGGGAUCGCAGAAGACACUACCUGGGAAAUGUACAUGAUCAUCAACCAGGAAGACAGCAGCACUUUGUCUGAGGACGGGCCAGAGAUCUUUUUGAGCCCUGCAGUCACGUAUGGACCACCAGGCCUUGACCUGUCCUGUCCCAUAGCCUUGACCAUAGCCCACUGUGGUGAGGUUGAUGCUGGCAACUGGACCAUUCGACUAAAGAGACAAAUGCAGGACAACAAGUGGGAGGAAGUGAUGUCCGUGGACGAGGAGAGCGCAUCCUGCUACUGUCUGCUGGAGGCCCAGAGGUGCCACGUGUUGUUGGAGCACCCGGGUCGCUACGCCCUGGUGGGGGAACCGCUGAACCAGGAGGUGGCCAAGCGGCUGAGGCUGGCUGUGUUUGGUAGUCCGGACACUAGCAACUCUCUGGGCUUCACCCUCAGGGUUUACUGUGUGGACGACACACCCCAUGCGUUUCAGGAGGUGGCAGUGGGCGAGCGCAGCAGGGGUGGGCGGCUGCUGGAGGAGCCUAAAGUGAUGCUGUUCAGGGGGAACACUUUCAGCCUCCAGGUGUCCAUCCAGGACGUCCCACAGUUACUCUGGAGCAUCAAGCCUUUCACCACCUGCCAGGAGUUCUCCUUUUCUCAGGUGUGGGCCAGUAACCAGCGUCCCCUGCAGUGUGCCUUCUCUCUGGAGCGGUACAGCCACUCCUCGUCCCAGCUGUCCUGCAAGAUCAGCGUACGACAGGUCAAAGGCGAGGAGCAGAUACUCCAGGUCUACACGUCUGUGGUGGAGAAUGAGAAGGGAGUGGUUCCCUUUUUCACUCAGUCGGACUGUACCAUCACCUCUCAGACAGGGUCACGGGCCUUUAAAAUCCCGCUGUCUAUCCGUCAGCGGAUCAGCGCCACCUUUGACACGGCUAAUGCCAAGGGGAAGGAUUGGCAGCUCCUGGCUCAAAAGCUCCACAUAGACAGGAACCUGUGCUACUUUGCAUGUCAGGAGAGCCCUUCAUCAGUGAUUCUGAGUCUUUGGGAAGCCCAGCACCAGGACUCGGGGGACCUGGACUCUCUGGCCAGUGCCCUAGAGGAAAUUGGCAAAGUUCAGUCCCCCACGACCACCACACAUGGCUGCAGCAGAGAAGAGCAGGACUCUGAAUUCACUCAACUUGGGUAAGGCAGGUGCACAGCAGAUCAAAUCAUGAUGAACCUUUACUGCAUGAACACUGAUGACCAGGUGUACUAUCUGCUAACCUAUGGUGAAAAGGAGGAGGAGGAGGAGGAGGUGCAAAGGGGGCAGCAGGGAAACCCUGUUUUGGACUGUUACUAAAGGAACAUCUCUGCUAAACCUCUCUCUGCUAGAUGGCACACACACAGACACACGGGAAUCAUGAAACAGCUGCGAGAAAGCGUUUGUGUACCAACAAAAACAUUUUGGAAAGGGGUGGAAAUAUCCCACACCCAUAUUUGAUUGAAACAUGUCAACUCCUUGUCGCUUCAGAGGACAGAUUUGAUAACCUGCAUUCAAGGAUUAUGGGUAACCAUGUGAGGAGGACUCUCCGUGUGGGAAGUGUGUUUUAGACAAACUGCCAAUCAGGCUGGUGGUGUGACCUUCCCAGGAUCGGAUGGGCUGGCACUUGCCGUCAAACAGUCUUCUGGGCUGUCAAAAUCUUUGGUGUAACGUCAUUAUGUUGUCAUUCAUUUCCUAUAUCUCCCAAUGCUUCUUUUUCUUUUCUGCACCGUGUCUCCACUGUUACUGCUGGAGGUAGAAAAAAAAACCAAAAAAAAAAAAAACCAGAAAGCAAAGAAUAUUGGAUGUUAAUGUUGUCAGAACAUCUUAGCGUGGGGUCAGAGACACUGACAGUGAUUGUCCCCACGGAUUAGCAUUUAAAAGGAUCUGAUGAUGUCCACGUGCUAAUUAAACAAACAUAAGAACGUUCAAGAAAUGACUUUUGUAAAGGCUCUUACAGUGACGUGCAUCACAUAGAUAACAGUCAUUUUAACAAACGCCCUCAUGCACAAACACUUUCAACCCCAUCAGCAGAACAUGCUGUUAAAGCCAAGGCUGCAGAGGAGAAUAACUUACCCAGCUGAUCUGUGCUGCAUCUGGCGAUGCAGCCAGAGGUGCACCGCAUUCCCUAAUGUCUAUUAAUCAACUUCUGGUUGUUUUGGAGGAAAAUUAAUUAAUCAAUCAAUUUAAUUAAUUAAUUUUCCUCGAUUUUUGAUUAUAAAUUGUGACUUUUGAUGUGUGGCUUCGCUGGAGCUGUCUUUUUUUUUUUUUUUUUUUUUUU